UCGAGCCAGGAAGUCAUAAAACAGUUGUACUUGUACAAGCAAGUUUAAUUUAAGAAAGCCAUAUCAGAUGCUUUUAUUAAUCAUAUUCAUUUGAAAUAUUCUACUGUACAACAUUCCUUACGAAAAGGUAGAAAUUGAAAUAUAAAAAUUAAACACAUAAAUGCCCUCUUUAAAACUUUAUCUACAGCUAUAUAAAACUAACAGCCAAAAGUACCCUGUUUCUGGACCCCUCGACGACAGUGUGCGACUGACCUGUUUACCUAAAAAGCUCGCAUUAAAACUCGCUCGCAUUUAAAAAUCAGAUUUUUCUUUGUUCACUUCUCGCACUGUCUUUCUAGAUCUGUCCUCCACGCCACCGAGAAGCGAUACCUGUUUACUUUCUAAAUUCAGCUCGCGAGAGUUAUAAUGGCAUCAGAAUUCGAAGUAUUAGAACUACAGGACGCAUUAUUUUCAGAACUACGAGACAAAACAGAUAAGGAUGAGGUUGAUGCAAAGAUUGAUCCAUCAGAGGAUAUAUCAAAUGUUGUAUCCACACAAGUGAAUGACAAUGAAGAUAAUUGGAGAUGCAGACACUGCACAAAAGAAUAUAAACGUAGAUCUUCGCUCUUAAGGCACAUCAAAGUGCAUAGUGCACAACACAUUUGCAAGAUCUGCACUCGAGUGUUUCAAUCAGAAGAAGAUCUACAAAGUCAUAAUUCAGAAAAACAUUCCGACCAUUUUCUGUGUGAUACAUGUGGCAAGUCGUUUAAUCGGAGUUCGUCACUGAGGCAGCGCAUUAAGAAUAUGCAUGGGAACAGGACAGAGCACUGCCCAUUCGAACACUGUCGGAAGAACUUUGCUUCUAAAAAACUGCUGGCUGAUCACUUUAACAGCCACACAGGGGUCAAACCCUAUUCCUGUCAGGAGUGCAAGAAAACCUUCGCCAGCCAAUCUUGCUUUUCGCACCACAAGGCAAAGUGUAUGAAGAAAGUCGUAUGUACUGAAUGCGGUGAAAACUGUACAAAGUCUGCCUUGUUAGAGCACAUACAGAGUAAGCACAAAGUUCAACGAUUUAUCUGCGCAUGUGGAAAGCAGUAUAGAUGGAGAGUCAACCUGUGUAGACACAAAAAGACUUGUCUACAAUAGCUUCGAGUGUAUAUUUUCGUUAUUUGGUAAAAACCCUAAUUGUUUGUCCAUACUCAGGGUUUGAAUCAUUUUUAAUUUGUUUAAGUUUAUCAAUAAUAUUUCUGUCGAGAUUACCUUAUUAUAAUACCGGAUUUUUGUUCCUUU